AUUUUCUUUCUAAGAUGCAAUUCGCAGUCACCAAACUACCUCAAAUGGUUAAAGGUGUGUUACCUCAAAAAUUUGAAUAGCUUGUAAUAAUUGAUUCAUAAUCUUUAGGUUUACAUAGAUCUUGUUUUAUAGAGUAUCAAUUAAAUGAAAAAUGCAGAUAAAGAUUUAUUGUUGAUGUCUUCCAAGCAUUUUUACUUGAUCACUAAUUAUUAUGAGCCAUGCACUUACGAAGAAUUGCGAUCAGAAUUGAAAAAGCUCAAAAUGGAAGACUUGAAGAAUAUUUUGAUAAAUAAUGCAUAAGAGAUAUUGAAAUCAGUUUAAAUUAUAUUCUAAUUUAGAAACAAAUUUCAGUAGCCAAUUUCGUUUCCAUCAUCCCCAUUUUGGGUAAGAAUUACAAUCUGAAUGAAUUUUCAUAAUUAAUCGAAGAGCAACUAAAGGAAAUGAUCGAAGUUGUAAAAGAUCGCCAAGAGUGCAAGAAGUUCUCCAACAUCACCUUAACCAGAUUUUGCAAGUCCAUGGGAUACUUAUUAAGAAAUUCAGAUAACCAAAGUCUUAAACAACACUAUUAAACAUUUAUCUUUUAGAUCAUCCUCAACAAACCCAAUACUCAAUUGAGACACAUAUACUCCAUGCUCCAUUACCUACAAUUUAUUAAGUACAACUAAAUCAUAUCCUAUUUGAAUCAGAAACAAUUGGCUAUUGAAGCCUCAAAAUUCAUUCUAUCAAGAUUUAGAACUCAACUUAAUCUUGAACCUGAAAUUUCAAAAAAUCCAGAAUUCUAUUCACAACUAUCCUCAGUAUAGCAUUUAAAAUAUCGUAGUUCCUAUUUAAGACAAAUUACUUCCCCUUAGAAGAGGCGUUGUUCAUAGAAGAAGCGCUUUUAAAAAAUGUCUAAUUUACGGAGGAAAAAAUAGAAUUUGCUUACAUUAAGAUUAUCUUUUGUUAGUUGAGUAAAGUAGGAGUUGGAGAGAAAAUAAUCAAAAGAAUGCUUUAAAUUCAUAAGAAGAUGGAAAUGCAAAAGGAUUUCUUACCUUAUUAUUUAUUGUCUCUCUUGUAUUUUCAAAUCAGUCGCAUAAUGGAUUAAUUCAGAUUGAAUCCCACCAGAUAAAACAUGGAAAAACUCAUUAAGGAACCUUAUUUUGCUUAACCUUUAAUUGAUCAAGUUGUUGAAGCCAUGAAAGAUUUUGGAUAUGCCUAAAUCGCCUAUCCACAAGAAUCAAUUAAUCAAACUAAAAUCUGCUAGGGUCUGUUGAACUGCUUCUCUAUUAAAUUAUUUGAAGAAGAAAAUAUCAAAGCCUAAUUUAGUCAAAGCAUUGCUGCACCAGGAAGAACUAAUGAAAUAAAUAGUGACGUUGAAGAUUUUCUGUAAUCUAAAGGGAUUCAAUACAUUAAAGAAUAUACUGAAGGAUUCUAUUCAUAUGAUUAUUGGAUACCAGAUUUGAACAUUAUUAUUGAAUGCGAUGGAUCCUUCCAUUACCAAACUAAUUCAUAUGAUAAAAAGGAUAGUUCAACCUUGGCAAGAGAUUUCCUCAUUUUGAAUUAAAAUCGAAAGCUUAUAUCAAUCAAUUGGUUUAAACAAAGAGAAAAAAGGUUUACAGAAGACAAAUUCGGAUACAUAUCUUAAUUAUGGAAUAAAAUAGAAAAGAACCCUGAUAUUAUCUAUGCUGAAUGA